AUGGAUGGAACCAAGAAAGGCAGGAGAGAAGGCUCUGAAGUCACAGAAAGAGUUAUCACUGAAACAGUAACCACAAGACUUACAUCCUUACCACCAAAAGGAGGAACCAGCAAUGGAUAUACUAAAACGUCUUCUCUCACUGGAGGGAGUAGGCUGGAGAAGCACAGUUUAACCCACGGCAGCAGUGGCUACAUAAACUCCAGUGGAAGUUUAAGAGGGAAUGCCUCUACUUCCAGCUAUAGGAGGGCCCAGUCCCCUGCCUCUACACUCCCCAAUUCACCAGGCUCCACCUUUGAAAGAAAAUCCACACGCCAUGCAACCUACGAAGGGAGCUCCAGUGGGAAUUCUUCUCCCGAAUACCCUCGGAAAGAAUUUGGAUCUUCUUCCACCAGAGGACGGAGCCAGACUCGAGAGAGUGAAAUUCGUGUUCGGCUACAAAGUGCUUCCCCAUCUACCCGAUGGACAGAAUUGGAUGAUGUCAAACGUUUGCUCAAGGGAAGCCGAUCAGCUAGUGUGAGUCCCACACGGAACUCCUCCAACACACUCCCCAUCCCCAAGAAGGCUACGGUGGAAACCAAGAUGGUGACCGAGAGUUCUCAGUCAGUAUCAGGCACUUAUGAUACAACCAUUGUGGAUGCUAACCUCCCCUCCUACAUGUGGUCCUCCACCUUGCCUGCUGGUUCAUCCAUGGGAGCUUAUCACAACAACAUGGCAGCCCAGAGUUCUUCCCUCCUCAAUACCAAUGCUUAUUCAACAGGAUCAGUGUUUGGUGUUCCCAACAAUAUGGCUUCCUGCUCACCCACUCUACACCCUGGGCUCAGCACCUGCUCCUCAGUGUUUGGCGUCCAGAACAACUUGGCUCCCAGCUCUUCCACCCUGGCUCAUGGGACAACCACCACCACCACUUCUACAGUGUAUGGUGUAAAGAAAAACAUGCCCCAGUCUCCCACUGUUGUAAGUACUGGAGUGAGCACCUCUGCAGGUAAGUGUACCACCAGUUCCCACAGUGAUGACCUGCUACGCAAGGAUUGUAAGUUCUUGCUGCUAGAGAAGGACAAUGCCCCAGCCAAGAAAGAGAUGGAACUGCUGAUCAUGACCAAGGACAGCGGGAAGGUCUUCACUGCUUCCACCACUGGGCUCAGUACAACUUCAUUCUCAGAAGACACUCUGAAAAAAGACAAGCAAGCAGUCUCAUCUUCCUAUAUCUCUGACUCCUGUCUCAAGUCUGAAGCUAAUGGAGGCCUGAAAGUUGCAUCCACCAAGGACAAAGCCACCUAUGCAGAAAUCCAGGGAGAUGACCGUGGUUUCGGUGGAGCAGGAGGAGGAGGAGGAGGAGGAGGCGGUGGUGGAGGUUUCGGGGCUGCCCCUGCCUGGUGUCCCUGUGGUUCCUGCUGCAGCUGGUGGAAGUGGCUGUUAGGCCUGCUCCUGGCCUGGCUGUUGCUUCUUGGAUUGCUUUUUGGACUCAUUGCUUUGGCGGAGGAGGUGAGGAAGCUGAGAGCUCGAGUGGAUGACCUGGAGAAGAUCAACACUAGCAUGUUUCGGCAUGAAGAGAAGGUCAACAAAGAUCGAAGCUAUGCUAUCUCCCAAGUUGGUGGUGGGACUGGUGAACUGGACAGCCACAAUCAGGAGGCUCUCUGGGCAUUUGUGAAAAACAGGCUACUAAUAGAACAGGAAAAAGGAAAUCUCAGAGGAAACCCUGGACCAAAAGGUGAUAUGGGGGUUCAAGGCCCAAAAGGAGACCGAGGGCUUCCUGGACUUCCAGGUGUCCCAGGGGCUAUGGGCCAUGCAGGCCCAGAAGGACCAAAGGGACAGAAAGGCAGUAUAGGGGAACCUGGCAUGGAGGGACUCAAGGGUCAGAGAGGACAAGAAGGUCCAACAGGGCCUCGUGGUGAACCAGGACCCCCUGGGUUUGGAGAGAAAGGAGACAGAGGUGCUGCUGGUAAUCCAGGCCCUCAAGGUCCCCCUGGUGUCCCUGGUUCUGUUGGUCCCAAAGGUUCCAUCGGUGCCCCAGGACCUCAGGGCCCCUCAGGUCCUUCUGGCAUCCAAGGCUUCAGAGGUGAAGCUGGACUCCCUGGUCCCAAAGGUGAGAAAGGACCAUUGGGACCCCCAGGACCCAAAGGCGACCCUGGUGAGAAAGGAUCUCGAGGUCUCACAGGAGAACCUGGCUUAAGAGGUCUUCCUGGUGCAACCGGUGAGCCUGGUGCUAAAGGAGCAAUGGGUCCAGCUGGCCUAGAUGGACCCCAAGGCCCAAGAGGUGAACAAGGUCUCACAGGGAUGCCUGGAAUCCGUGGCCCACCAGGACCCGCGGGAGAAGGAGGAAAGCCAGGCCUCACAGGACCCCAAGGACCUCCAGGACUUCCAGGGACCCCAGGCCGACCAGGGGCUAAAGGUGAUACGGGUACUCCAGGCAGGAUUGUAACUUCAGAGGGAACAUCGACAGUCACUGUACCAGGGCCUCCGGGACCACCUGGAGCCCUGGGACCUCCAGGACCACCUGGCCUUCCAGGACCUGCUGGCCCAGCUGGUCUCCCAGGACAGCAAGACACUGCUCAAUUGCAAGGCCCCCCUGGACCACCAGGACCACCAGGACCACCAGGAGCCUCCAUCACAGGCCCUCCAGGACCCCGAGGUCCAGCAGGGGAAGGCCUACCAGGACCUCCUGGACCACCUGGAAGCUUCCUUACAGACUCAGAAACAUUCUUCUCUGGCCCCCCUGGCCCACCUGGACCUCCUGGUCCCAAGGGAGAUCAAGGCUCUCCCGGACCUCGAGGAUACCAAGGAGACCCUGGCCUCCCAGGACUCUCUGUCUCAGAUUCAGACACUCUGGGAGUCUCGUUACAAGGCCCACCGGGCCCACCCGGUGCUCAGGGACUUCCAGGACCUAAGGGUGACAAAGGUGACCCUGGUGUCCCAGGUGCUCCUGGCAUCCCCGGAAGCCCCUCUCGAGGAGGAUCAUCAAGUUCUAGGGGACCCCCAGGUCCACCUGGCCCUCCUGGACCUCCUGGUUCCCUCAGCAGCUCCGGACGGGAGAUUCAACAGUACAUCUCUGAUUACAUGCAAAGUGACAGCAUCAGAAGUCACCUGUCUGGAGUUCAGGGUCCCCCUGGCCCUCCAGGACCUCCAGGGCCUGUCACCACUAUUGGUGGGGAGACUUUCGACUACACUGAGUUGGCGAGCCGAGUCAUGAGCUACUUACGGACUUCUGGGUACAAUUUGGGCUCCUUCUCCUCUAUUUCCUCUGAAGACAUCCUGCUUGUGCUACAAAGAGAAGAAGUACGCCAGUAUCUUCGGCAGUAUCUGAUGGGCCCUCGAGGACCUCCUGGGCCACCAGGAGCCGGUGGGGAUGGGUCCCUACAGUCUCUGGACUAUGAAGAGCUGACCAACCGCAUCCUAAGCUACAUGAGAAGUUCUGGGAUUAGUAUUGGACUCCCUGGUCCCCCUGGUCCCCCGGGUCUGCCAGGAACAUCCUACCAGGACCUAUUGUCUCUGCUCCGAGGGUCUGAAUUUAGUGGUAUUAUCGGACCUCCUGGACCCCCUGGACCCCCAGGACCUUCAGGAAGCUCCUGGUCCAGUCUCAGCAUGGAGGAACUUUCAUCUUACCUGCAGAGUGCAGGACUCUCUUCGGUCUCUGGUCCUCCUGGCCCGCCUGGUCCUCCAGGCCCCCGUGGCCCUCCUGGGGUUUCAGCAGCUUUGGCGACCUAUGCAGCUGAGAACAGUGAUAGUUUCCGGAGUGAAUUGAUUAGCUAUCUCACAAGUCCUGAUGUCCGAAGCUUCAUAGUGGGACCUCCUGGCCCCCCGGGGCCUCAGGGUCCUCCAGGAGAUGGUCGGCUAAGGGAAGCUGAUGGUUUCUAUAGCCGGGGAAGCAGCAACUCUUAUGGUUCUUCUGUCAGCCGGAGUACCUCCUACAGCUCCUCACUGGGAGCAGGAGGAUCCAACGGAGGAUCCUCCCUAGGUGGAGGAGGAGCUUAUGGUGCAACCUUGGGAGAUGGUGGCCCCUAUGGCACAGAUGUAGGCACUGGUGGAGGCUAUGGAGCAGCAGCAGGAGACGGGGGCACGUAUGGCACUGAAGGCAGAGUUUUUGGUGCAGGCUUCACUGGGGACCUGGAUUACAAUGAACUGGCUGUGCGUGUGUCAGAGAGUUUGCAGCGUCAGGGUCUGCUACAAGGUAUGGCUUACACUGUACAAGGCCCACCAGGCCAGCCUGGGCCCCAAGGCCCUCCUGGUAUCAGCAAGGUAUUUGCGACCUACGGCAAUGUGACUGCGGACCUCAUGGACUUCUUCCGAACCUAUGGGACAAUUCCAGGACCAAAGGGAGAUAGAGGCUUUCCAGGGCCCCAAGGUGACAGGGGACCAGCUGGCAAUCCUGGUAGACCUGGACCUCCAGGCCCCAGAGGACAAAAAGGAGACAAGGGAGACAAAGGUGAACAAGUCUAUGUUGGAAGGAGGAGGAGGAGAAGCAUUGCUGUCAAACCAUGAGGAUACAUACACUCAGUAUUAAAGCAUACUGAGCUCAUUCCUGGAGCAAGGAUGGGCUUCCUUUUAGGACAUCUUAAGUCAAAAAACCAGAUAGUUCAGGUCAAGAAAUAAUAGUCUCGUAAUCUGAAAUUGCCUCACUGAUGCUGGUUUGGCUCUCAUGUAACAGCAUGUGGAUAACUCCUCAGGCUGAAUAAACCUUAAGUAACA